AUGGCCCUUGCUGCGAAAAACAAAUAUGGUUUUAUCGAUGGUUCAAUACCUCGCCCAGAACCUGGUAAUCCUCUUCUCAAUUCUUGGAUUCGUUGCAAUAACAUGGUGAUGUCUUGGUUAUUACACUCUGUUUCUACUGAAAUAUCUCAGAGCAUAAUGUUCUUUGAUUUUGCUUCUGAUAUGUGGCAUGAUCUUGCUGAAAGAUUCAAUGAGGGAAAUGGACCCCAAAAUUUUCAAUUACAAAAUCAACUCACAAGUCUGCAACAAGGUGAUCAAUCUGUCACCUCCUAUUUUACCAGACUAAAAUCUUUAUGGGAUGAACUCAAAGAGUUCCAACCCAACACUACUUGCACUUGUGGUGCAAUGAAAGCACUUCUUGAUUACUACAAUCAAAACCAGGUCCUCCAGUUCUUGACAGGUCUGAAUGAGUCAUAUUCAUCUGUACGAGCUCAGAUCCUUCUCAAUGAACCAAUUCCGACCCUAUCUAGAGUGUAUUCCAUGAUUGUUCAAGAAGAGCGCCAAAGAACUCUUGGUUCUUCUAAUCUUUCUUCACUGGCCUCUUCCAUUCGUCCUCCUUCUUCGAACAAUUCAUCCCGAGCAAAGAAGCCUCGACCCUCUUGCUCCAACUGUGGCAAACCAGAAGAAACAAAACAAAGGCAAAGCUGCUACUAA